AUGGCUGAAGUGUUAGGAAAACUGAUUCAAAAAAGACAAGUAGAAAACACAUGGAAAGGAAUCAAAGUGCAUGAACAUAUGAGAGUUGUCACCCAUUCUCAGUUUGUCAAUGACACCAUUAUCUUUGGAGAAGUGACAAUUGAGGAAGCAAAAUGCAUUAUGAAUACAUUGGACAACUACUCAGAACAGUCCGGGCAGAUUAUGAACAAGCAGAAAUCACAAGUAAUAUUUUUGAACACCAAUAAGAAAUCUCAGCAAAGAAUUGGAAAUCUCAUGGGGAUAGAAAUUGCAGACCUCCCCCUCAAAUAUCAUGGAGUCAGAAUAGACAAACGUUGCAGACAAUCCCAAAUAUGGGAUGAUGUGAAGAAUUCUUGUUUAGCAAAAUUAGAUCAAUGGAAGAAUAGAUGGCUAUCACAGGCAGGGAGACUCACCAUGGUAAAAUCAGUACUUUCAGCUAUCCCAAUUUACAGUAUGUCUUGCUUCAAGCUUCCAUAUGCUGCUGGAAAAAACUUAGACAAUAUUCUAAGGAAAUUUGUAUGGGAAGGAGUUAAGGAGACCAAAAAGAUACCUCUCAUAAAUUGGGAUACAAUGUGCUUAGUAAAAGAAGAAGGAGGUGCUGGAGUAGGGAAAAUGGACCUGCAGAAUAAAGCCUUGGGCGCAAAACUGGCAUGGAAAAUGUACACUGAGCCCUAG